AUAAAAAGGAGUAUGUGUGUGAUCAGUGCGAAAAAUGUUUCAGUUCGUAUUAUUUAAAAUGGCAACAUGCACAACGUGAACAUAAAAAAGAGUAUGUGUGUGAUCAGUGCGGGAAAUGUUUCAGUUCGUACCAUUCGAAAUGGCAACAUACACAAGUUGAACAUAAAAAGAAGGAGUAUGUGUGUGAUAAGUGCGGAAAAUGCUUCAGACUCAAAAACUAUUUACGUUCUCACAUUUUGUUGCAUUUGCCAGUGGAGGCUCGCAAGUAUCAGUGCGAUAUAUGCCAGAAGAAGUUUUUAUACAAUAGUUUUCUUACUGUUCACAAACGUAUUCAUAAUGGCGAACGGAGUAACAGAGAAAACUUCUUCUGUGAUUAUUGUGGAAAAUGCUUCAG